AGUCUAGAACUCACUCGCCUUGAUUUCAAUUCUCUCUGACCGACUGUAAGAAGGAAAAUUAGUAGUUUAAGCAAUCACGGAAUACGAGCUUCCUUGUUGCUCGAUCAAGCGAGUUGACAAGGAUGGACUAGCGGAAGAUGGCUAAAAGUUUCUAUUUGUAUUUAUUGUUUUUUAUCGUCGUUCUUAAAAUGUGUUCAUGCCGUUUGGCAAUUGUGGAUGAUAAAAGUAAAAAGGAGAAAGUGGACAGUGUUGGAGUUGACACCGUACAUACAAGAGAUCUUAUAAUAAGGGAAAAAAGGCAGUAUCCAAACUCAGCUGCAUAUUACGAUUUCAUUAUAAAUGAGGGCUCGUUCAAAUUUUGGGCAGUCUUUCAGAUGGUGACAAUCGCAAUUCUGUUUUACUCCACUUUCGCUGCGAUUUACUACGCCAAGUGGACCUACCUGCACGAUGAGCCGGACGAGGAGGAUGCGGCUCUGUUCCUCCGGUCGGGUAGGACGAGUAGGCGUAUAGAAAGAAUCUUACGUGCUGUGCACACCCGGCCUGCGUGACUGCACCAAAUCAUUCCACACGACAUGUACCUGUGAUUCUAUGGAACGAAACCACUUUUGGGUUUAAAAUUACAAUUUAUAGACCCACUGU